AUGGCUCAAUCCGAUGCUUGGUCUACGAAAAGUAACCCUCCAUCUGUCAAAAGUGCUCGUUCCAAGUCUUCUUCUUCCAAAGACAAAGGAAAAUGGUGCUCAAAAACGAAACCCAACUCGCCUGAUUAUCAAACAGAAGAUACUCCAUCUUCGCAAUCAACUGAAGAACAUGACUAUUCAUCCGAACGAGCGUCAGAGUAUGCUGCAGACCCUAUCAAUCCCAACCCUGGGUACGAAUAUUGGUCAGCAGAGGAAAGCAUGGGUGCCAACAGAGCCAGCAUGAGGUUGUAUCUUGAAAGCUACGAGACUAUUUGGAGUAACGCCUCGCAAUAA